AUGUCGAAACGCCCAAAUAACGACAUAGAAGAAAUAAACAGCGAAGCCAAGAAAAUGGCAAUAACUUGGCAAUUCAAGUCUCUCACCGAUAAAGCUCAACGGGAAGCAAAAAAGAAGCCACGAACACCAGCAAAGUACAAAUUUUGCCAUGGCGCACACGAAGCAUAUGAUUGCAACAUCAUUCCCCAAGAGAAAAAGUGGUCAAUCGCCCUAAAAAGAAAAAUGUGCAUCAUUUGCUUGGGAAAUGCAAAACACCACCCGGCCGCAUGCUAUGGAUUAAAACGCACAGACUACUUGUGCCAGGAAGAAUCCUGCCAGAAAGACUUUCAAAUUCACCACAAGUCGAUAUGCGACAAAGCGCACGAAGAAGAAGACCUAGGAAUUGACCAACUCAUGAAAGACCACCUGGACGAGGACAUCCAAGCAACCCAAUGA